AUGACGGAGCUCGUGAACAGUGACUGUAUGGUCCGCAUUCGAGAGCACCUCUCGACUGGGCUUAACAGGCAGCAGACAGCUGGUGAAGGAAACUACAAUGCAUUCUCCGCAAUCUCCGCCUCUGUUUCGGAUGGAACAUGCGCUGUGAUGAAUUUGGGACAGGAGCUUAGAGGUGGUGAAGGUGGCACUCCCAACCACCGUACUGCCAUCUAG